AAUGUACCAGUACUUUUAAAACUUUUCAACUUUGUGAUUUGAUAGUUAAAUAUGCACCUCUUUGAUUGCUUUGGUUAUUAUUUUUAAAAGUUGAACGAUUCCUACACAAUAUUUUAAUAUUUCUGGUUCAGGGUUCAGAUUUAAAUUGCAACUUCAUGGAGAUCCUAUUUUUAAUAAAAAUGUAUGAAACUGUUGAAGGAUACAUUGUCAGAAAUUAAUCGUAAAACGUCAGAUUAAUUAAAGAAAUGAUAAUCAUACAUAUCAACAAAAUUUUACAUAGAAGAUAUAGAAAUGGAAGCAUUUGAAUGCCAACCAUAUGAUUGGCUCAAAGAAGCGAGCAUUUACAACAAAAAUUAUACCUUGAUCCCAGUCGAGUGGUUCAAGGAAAACGCCGAUGUUAUCGUUCUCUUGUUCACAGCGAACGGAUUAGAUAAGGACGGAAUUGUAGAGAAAUUUUACAGCAUCUAUGAAAAUGUUAAGUUGAUUAAUAUUCCCAUAGAAGUGAUUUAUAUCCCGAUGGAUGAAACAGAGGAAGACAUGAUGCAAUGUUUUGAACGACAGGCGAAUUGGUUUACGCUUAAGAUUUAUGAUCCCCUGGUACAAGUGCUCAAGUAUAUGUAUGGCAUAACUUAUAUGCCUACGAUGUUCGUGAUUCGACCGGACUUAACCCUGGUAUCCAUGCUGGGUGUUAUGGAGUUGGAGCAGCACGGCAAAGACGCAAUUAUCACUUGGCUCUCGAGUCCGUUAAAGUUGAGAAACAGGCAACUGGAAAAUGAAAAAAAUAUAUACGGAAAUGAGUGGAAAUACGCAAAUGUGGACAAGAAGAAGGAAUACCGCAGGCGAUUCAAUAUUGACACAACAAACGACGCUACAUAGAGUUUAUAGUGUCCUAGUACUUUGAAUAAAGAUACAUAUAAUUUUUCAGAUCGCAAA